UCCUUCUCCUAACCCCCUCCCCCGCCCGCCGGGGCUGGGGAGCGCUACGAAUUGACCAAGUGAAGCUACAACUUUGCGGUAUAAAUUGCGGGAUCUGGAACCAUGUCGCUGACCAACACAAAGACGGGGUUUUCAGUCAAGGACAUCUUGGACCUUCCGGACACCAACGAUGAGGAAGGCUCGGUGGCCGAAGGGCCGGAGGAGGAAAGCGAAGGGCCGGAGCACGCCAAGAGGGCCGGGCCGCUGGGGCAGGGUGCCCUGGACGCUGUGCAGAGCCUGCCCCUUAAGAGUCCUUUCUACGACAGCAGCGACAACCCCUACACUCGCUGGCUGGCCAGCACCGAAAGCCUCCAGUACUCCUUGCACGGGCUGGCGGCCAGCGCUCCCCCCCAAGAUUCAAGCUCCAAGUCCCCAGAGCCCUCGGCUGACGAGUCACCGGACAAUGACAAGGAGACCCCGGGCGGCGGGGGCGAUGCAGGCAAGAAGCGGAAGCGCCGAGUGCUCUUCUCCAAAGCACAGACCUACGAGCUGGAGCGGCGCUUCAGGCAGCAGCGGUACCUGUCUGCGCCAGAGCGCGAGCACCUGGCGAGCCUCAUCCGUCUCACGCCUACGCAGGUCAAGAUCUGGUUCCAGAACCACCGUUACAAGAUGAAGCGUGCCCGGGCCGAGAAAGGUAUGGAGGUGACACCCCUGCCCUCGCCGCGCCGUGUGGCCGUGCCCGUCUUGGUCAGGGACGGCAAACCGUGCCAUGCGCUCAAAGCCCAGGACCUGGCAGCCGCCACCUUCCAGGCAGGCAUCCCCUUUUCCGCCUACAGCGCGCAGUCGCUGCAGCACAUGCAGUACAACGCCCAGUACAGCUCGGCCAGCACCCCCCAGUACCCGACAGCACACCCCCUGGUCCAGGCCCAGCAGUGGACUUGGUGAGCGCCGCCCCUCCAAGACUUGAGGCCUUAGGCCCUGGCCCCACCCCAGCGGCGGCGGUGGGGAGGAGGACUCGAUC